AUGGCAGCCUCACAUCCAAAAUUCAAGAUCCCUCCGGGUCAAUCAAUUGCAGCCAUCAAACUCAUCAAUGCAGUCAACUUCGGCCCUGCCACUCUCAAAGGCAUGAUGGGUCCGCCCAUCCCGCACGUACUUACGUUUGGCGCCGACUUAGUUCCGUCUUUGUCUUUCUUAUUGGAACACAGUUCGGGCCGGCGAUUGGUUUGGGAUCUUGGAAUUCGGAAGGACUGGCACAAUCACGCGCCUAAGAUUGCAGAAUAUAUUCCGACGAGGAAUUACACGAUUGAGGUCACGAAAAAUGUCAUUGAUGUGCUGGAGGAGAAUGGGAUUAAGGGCAGCUCCGUCGAGGCCGUCAUAUGGAGCCACUGGCAUUGGGAUCACAUCGGUGAUCCGUCAACCUUUCCAUCGACGACGGACUUGAUUGUGGGACCUGGUUUCAAGAAAGCAUUUUUGCCUGGAGCACCGUUGAAUCCCGAUUCCCCGCUGCUUGAGAGCGACUGGACUGGCCGCAACCUGCGCGAGGUAGAAUUUAGCGGGCCCCAAAGCCUCACGAUCGGAAGAUUUCCCGCAUAUGAUUAUUUUGGCGACGGGUCUUUCUAUCUCCUUGAUAGCCCGGGUCACGCAAUCGGUCAUCUGUGUGGCCUCGUCCGGACAACCACCAACCCGGACACAUUCGUGAUGCUCGGCGGGGACAUAUGCCACCACCACAGCGUGUUCCGCCCGUCGCAGCAUCUCCCCCUGCCCUCGUCAAUCUUGCCAAAUCCCAUCACCCCGGAAAGAGACUUGCCAUUUUGUCCAGGAAGCGCUUAUGAGGAGCUCCAGAAGGACCGUGGGAUGGAUCCACAAGGUCCAAUUCUCAAGCCCGAAUUCGGCCAUGAGAUUCCGUUAGCCCUCCACACGAUUGGCAAGUUGCAGGAGUUGGAUGUGGAUGAGAAUAUUCUGGUGAUAAUAGCUCACGACAAGUAUGCUAGGAACACUGUUGACCACUUCCCUCUUUCGUUGAACUCGUGGAAGGAGCGUGGUUGGGGAAAGACUUUAACAUGGGCAUUUUUAAAGGAUUUCGAGCCGUACUGGAGAUCGAAAGGGGUAGUUUCAGAUUAG